AUGUCUCUUGAUGAUGGGAAAAGUGAGGCUUCUCAAAUUUAUCCCGCUGAGCAAUCCAUAAUUCAAGCCUGGGAACGUCAACAGGAUGUUCACUUAAAUAAUCCUCAUUUGGAUAUGUUAGAUGCUUGGUCUUCAGAUGGUGGUAGCAUUUCUUCAUCUUCCUCUUGCCUUUCUGAUGAUCACUGUAUGGAUCCCGAGAAUCCUACUUUAUCCUCUACACCUUUAUGUGAACCAACAGAAGAAAAACACCUUAAUUCUAUUAAGGAUACACACAGAUAUUCACAUCCUCAAAAGUAUCCGCUUCAUUAUCUGAAAUCUGCUGGUGUUUACACUGAUAAGGAAGUUAUUGACCUGGCUAUCGAUCGUUGGGAGUCGUAUAAGAACCUAUGUCAUCAAGCUUUAUACGUUUUAAGGCAACAACUUGUUGAUGCUUAUAUUCCUUAUGCCAUAGAGGAGAGUAAAGCUAGUCCAACCAAACCAGUAUUAAAUAAAGCAAAUACAAUAUCUACUUUACCAGGUCGUAGUCAACUUAGACAACGUGCUGCUCAGAAAAUGUUGCGUCACUCUGUUAAGACUGCGAAUCAGAGACAUUUAGCCUGUGUAUCUAAAUUUGCUAUAGUUAGUAAUCGUAUAGCAAAAUGGUGUAGGCCACCUAAUGCAAGUCAGCAAUGUCGUUUUCGUGAUCCUACAACAACAACUUGGGAAAAACGGUGUACAAAUGCAUGUGUCCCUUUAUUACCUGUAUGCUCUCAUCAUUUAGUGCAAAUGAGACCUGCACCAGAUUACGAUCGAAAUUCAUCAAAUGAACAAAAACUAUCAAUUGAUGAGUCGAAUUCAAAUGGCUACAGCGAACAUGUUAAUGUUAAAUCUGAAAAUCCAAUCAUCGAAUGUCAUGUAAAUAGUGAUAAUACUACAAUUGAUGUCGAAUCAUCAAAUAUUUCACCUAAUACAACCAUUUCAAAUAAUCAUAUUUGUAAUCCUUCAUUAUACGGUGAAUUUUCCACACCAAAUUUUAAUAAAUCAAUGAAAUUUGAUGAUCAUAUCACUAAAUCCCAAUCUCCGCGUUUAAAUCGUAGUAGCAAAGGACAUUCUGAUCAGCCCUGUGUAAGUAAUCCUAUUUCUCCAACUUUGCAAAUUCCACCACAAUAUUUAUUUCGUCGUUGUGGUGGUGGGUCAUCUCAGAAUUGUUCAGAACCGGUCAUUGCAUGGAAUCCUUUCAUUCGUUGUAUGUACCAUUCUACCAUUACAUCAGUUUGUACCAGUACAACUUCUCUUACGGAUGUAAAAGCUACCUCAAAAGAUGUAUCAUCAUAA